GUCUAUAGUUGCGACUUGCGAUUUUAAAACUCUGUGACUCGAACCUCGAUUAACAAAUAAAUCCGAUCGCACUAUAAGCAAUAAUAAGAGAAGUGAUUAAGUGAUAGCUCCUAAGCUGUCAUCGGAAACAGUUUGAUAUUAAUAACCAAAUUUUCCCCGUUAAAUGUGAUUUGCACAACAUAAAAAGUGACUCGGGACACUUCAGGUGUCAGUCCACAUAAGAAAUGGACUCGUCAGCUGGACAGGAGAGAGCAGAGAAGCCAUGGGAUCAUCCAUGGACUACAGAUGAAAUGCGAGAGAAAAGAGGCGUCUGGAAUCUUGCCGGAGACGCUGGCCUUCUGCAGCAUCUGCAACAAUUUUCAGACAAGCUGAUGACAAAAGCAAACAAGACGCAGGAAGCCUUAAACUCGUUCAGUUCAGAGCUUGACGAAACAAUUAUUUUCAUAGAUAAUAUAACUAACACGUCACUAGCUCUGGCCAACACCCAAUUUAUCGAGAGUAGAGUCUGCGAGGAUGAAAUAGAAGCUGAACCACCGAAGGAACAACAGCUGGAGGUACCAAAAACUAAAGAACAGUUAGAUGCAGAACUGAUAGCAAGCAUAGGUGAGACUGUACGGCGUGGAAUCGCGAUAAUGGAAGAAAAAUACGAAACAUUGGAAGUCAUUGCUAGUGAUAGCGAAGAUGAAGGAGAGACUGCAAUUCCAAGCAUCAUAUUGAGACCAAAGGAUCCAUACCAGGAUCGUCCGUUGCCUUACGUAAUUGGCUCUGAAAAAUGGAAAAAUUCAAGUAAAAUAGGUUUGGAGACUAGCAGUAGCGACUCAGAGCACCAGGAGGAAGAUGAAUCUGAAAGUGAUUCAGACGAUGACACGGCUGUAAAUCCGAAACAAAUUAACAUGCACAAACCACGAAUAGCGAGACUGUCUUCGUCGUCAAGCGAAUCCAACGACUUUAAUGCAAUGAAUAAUGCGGUGCGAAACAUUGAUGAUAGGGGAUCCUAUGAUAACCAAGACAUAUUUGGUUCAGAUAAUGGAAGCUCCACAGCUGCAAAUAGUUUGCCCAAAAAUUCUAUCAGCGGAGCACCAAAUUUUGCAGAGGAAUUGGCUAAAAGGUUGGGGAACGUUAUUCCAACAGAAAAAUCUAUAAAUGCUCAAGUCAUCGAGGAACCCGUUGCAACUCAGCCUGAAGAUGAUCUCUUUACUCGUGAAGAUGAAGACUUGUUCGGUGCACCAUACAAAAAUUUAUUCACUGAACCAACGUCGUUAUUCUCUGAAAAAUCGCCUAACUCUUUGUGGGGCAACAAGCUUGAUGACCCCUUGCAAUCCUCCAUCAUUCCUUCAUCGCUUGAUGCACCACCGCCUAUCAGUGCUGUUGCAACCAAACCAAAAUCAGCAAUUGACGACCUAUUUGGUGAUGCGGAUUCAGAAGAUUCGGAUAGUCUAUUUUCGAGUAAACCAUCAACAAGCAAGCCCUAUAAACAACAAAAUUCACCAACAAACAGCCUUCGCACAGAAGAUAAACCAAAAAGUAAAAACUUAUUGUCCGUGAGUAGGAUCAUGGAAAAAAAAGGAAUGGCAACAAGUACGCCUGAAACAAAUGACAUGGUUAAUUCACUGUUUGGUGACGAACCAGAGGAUGAGGGAAAUCUUUUCAGCAGAGAAAGCAAUCGCAACGAUUGGACCGCAGCCAAGACGAGUAUUACAGACAAGAGUACUGGUUCGACACCCGCAGCAGCAUCCAACACCAGUAGUAAAAAGAAACCAGUGGGUGGAGUUUCUAUCCUUGGGCAGAUCGAUAUUCUUGCUUCAGAAAAGCUACGUCGGCAGCCGUCGAGUGAAUCCUGUAGCAGUCAGUCAUCAUCCGAUUUUGAAAUCCCACGCAGUAGAGCAACGAACACGAGAAAUGACGCCAAUUCGGUGAUAAAUAACGAUUCUAGUAAUGGGAGUCCGGUGAUGAUAUCUCGAAAUACAGAGAGUAGAGAAAGCAGCGGUAUCUCCUUGCAGCCACCGAGUGUGGAUGACGUUACAGCGGGCUCGAAUAUAAGCCCUAACUUCCAGCCGGCGAUGACGUCGACUUGGAAUAAGACCGGAGACAUGUAUCGAGAAAGGAUUGCUAGCGACAGCCUUUUCGCGGCAAAAACGCUCAGCCGUGACAGUGAGAAUUCACCGAACAAUGCCCGAAUCGAGGAAGCACCCGACCCAACGGAAGUUCAGAACUCCGAUAUUUUUCUUGAAAACGACGACAUCUUCGGCCCUCCACCGCUGCCAAAAGCCGGGUCGAAGACCGAGGGAAAAUCUAAGGUGGCCUCGUUGUUCGAUGACUUUGAUUCCGACGACGACCUUUUCUCCAACAUCAGCUCUGGAUCCCGCUCACAAAAAAGCACCGAUCUUCUCACGACAACGGCGUCGUCGCGACCUUCCAACAAACCCAAUAUCUUCAAGAAUAAAGGAUUGUUCGACGAGAAUGAGAACGAAAACGCGGAUGAACUCGGGAGUGGCAUUUCCGCUGGCAAAGACUCGUCGAAUGUGAAUUUAUUCGCUUCGAAAGUUGUCGAAGAAGCGUCGGUCGUCUCGAGCAAAGAUGAAGAAAAAUCGGAACAAGUCAGUAGCAAAGAGACUCGGCAGACCGCGACAGCCACGAACAUUGGUAGUAUAUUCGAUGAUCUGGAUGACCACGAUUUGUUCGCUCCUAGUUUUGGUAAGAAAAUAUCGGAGAGUCAGAGGAAAAUGGCACCGAGUUUGUUUGACGAUGGUGCGGAGGAUCUGUUCGCUGCACCGUCGCAAACUACGAGAAAAUUUGAUCGAAGUGAGUCGGAAGUGACUUCGUCCUUGAAGAAAAUUGAAGCCUCGUCAGAGACGGUGGUGAAAUCGGGGGCGAAGAUCGGAGGCCAGAUUAAAUCCAAAGUGAUGGAACAACUGGCGGCUAAGUUGGACGUGGCAAAGACCGUAGAGAAAACAGAUGUGGAGUCGAAGAGCGGAAGCGAAGCGCCAGUCGCUGGAGGUAACGUUGAACGGACGAUAAAUGCAGAAGAAGAGCAUUCCACGCUGAGUAAACACGUUGGGGAUGGUAUUUCCUCGAUAAAUAAAUCCAAGAAUCUCGCCACAAAGAUAUUGAACGAGAUUAAAACAGUUCAGAAGUCGAAACUUCUCGAAGCGGACGCGAAGCCUGGAAUCGCGAAGAAACCCGAGGUGUUUAAGAAAUUGAAUCAAAGAAUAGAUGUUGCCUCGUCGAAAUCGACGGAAAUCAGAUCUGAAAUCAUCGAGGGAACUAAAACGGUGUCGGAGGGAUCUUCGGUGAAAAGUUUCGAAUCCGAAACAAGAAUUUCCUCUUCGGAGGGAGAAAUGUCGUCGACAAUCUCCAAGUCUGAUAAUAUUUAUACCGAACAAGCAACGUCCUCGACGUCCUUCAAGUCGGAAGAAAUUUCCUCCAUUGAGGAAAAACGAGAACCUCCGAAAACACUGGAAAUACGAUCGGGUGAAAAACCGAACGCCGUUCAGCGUCGGGUUGUUUCGGGAAAAAUAAAGAAUUUGAUGGGGCGAAUGAGCGAUCUGAAAAUCUUGUCCCCGACCGACUCACCCCCGGUUUGGAGAAAGAACGAAGACAGAGUAGAAGAAGACGCGGACAAGGACAGCGCGGAUGGCAGCUGCUCGAGCACGUCAAGGAAGAAUCCUACACCUACACUGCCCGCAGACGAACCGUCCAAAGCUGUUCCACUCCUCUCGCCCACCGACCAAAAGGAAAUCGAGCCAGCCAUCAGCUUCGAUCAACCAGUCCAAGUCGAAACACUGAGCGUCACCGCGUCUAAGAGUCGAGUCCGGAUCCAGACGAAACGACGCCCUCAAAGUAGACACGCGCGUCAGAACGCUCUUCGCAAAAGCGGCAUCGAUUUCGACAGCGUAGACUUCGCAACCGAUAACAAUUCCGAAACAAAUCGAAACUUGUCUUCUAACAGUGAAAACAAUAAUCCGUCUAUUACGGAAAAAUCGGUGAACUUUGAAAAUAUCGUUAAUUCGAACAACGACAGGUUGACCACUUCUAGAGGCGUAAGCGAAAGUGUCAGCGUCAGAGUGACCGAUUCAAGCUCAUCCACGUUUCUCGACGAUCGCUCGGAGAUCAGUUUUAGCAAAGAAAGCACGUUGAGCAUGAACAAGAACACGCUUCUCUCGCCUUCUACCGACGAGGAAGACCUCUUUGACGUACCUCCGGAUCUCCCCGAGGAUCCGCCGAAAGAGGACAACCUUUUUGGCAGGGCCCCGAUUCUUUCGCCCGUCGAGUCCUUCGUGAAAGUUGAAAAAACCGCCAAACACGAAACCUCUAAAAGUAAGAACCGGACGCUUAGUGAGAAGGGAGAGACGGCCGUGUUCAGCGAUCAGUUCGAAUCGUCGUCAAAACAAGUCGUUACUAAUGAAUCUUCUUAUACCGAUACGAAAAAAGAAGAUGUUAAGAAACGGGAGAAACCGAUCACAGGCGAAGAGGUACGUGCGGUUAAAAAUACAUCAAUCAGAGAUGAAGAGUCUGCUGGUGAAGCGAACUCACGGGAUAAAUCUCAGGAUCAACAAGACUCGGGGGUCGAAAGCAAGGCGGAGUCUCGCGGGGUUAGAAAACAGGAAGAAAAGAAAAAGGAAUUAACCGAUCCACUCCGCGACGGUAAUCACGAUCCCCUGAAGGAUCCGAGCAAUUUAUUCCCAUUUGUAACGAAAACUCCGUCGCCCGAAAAGGGUAAGAAUCUGUUGUUUGAUGACGACGACGAUGGAUUGUUCUCGAGUAGUUCCUCAAAGGAAUCGGAACAUGGCAAAUUGAAAGUAACUGAUAAAAGUAGAACAACGUCGUCAACCACAAAAAAACAGAGCCUUGAUCUUUUCGCCGAGGAUUCGGAGGCAGACUUUUUUACCACGGCACUACCAAAGUCCGUUAGAAAACCCCACCAAGAAUCGAAAAUCGAUCUUUUUACCGACGACGAUAACCAGGACGAUGAUCUUUUUGGCGGCGCUAUGAAAAAGUUGGCCAACAAGUCUAGCUCAAAAUCAUCGCAGAGUGUUACUACGGAGGAGAAAAUCACCAAGACAGAAUCCUCUUCGAAGAGUCAAUCAAUAUUCAGUGAGAUCGGCAAGCAAAACACGUCAGGAAGCCAAAAAACUACAGGGGCAAAAGUGAAGACUGAAACUAAAAAUGCAACUACCACCUCCGGUAUAUUUUCCGAUGACGAUAGUGCCGAAAUAUUCACCAUCGGUAGUAAAACGAAGCCUGUAGAGAGAAUUUCCACCGGGAAUAAGAUCGCGAAAGAUAUUUUCGGCGAUCAGUCAAGUAGCGACGAGGACGUGUUUGCGCGAAAAAAGACUGUGAUUAAAAAACCAAUGACGUCUUCGGGGCUGUUCGACGACGACGACGACGAUAACGAGGGAGGCGUCGAUAUAUUUGGGAAAUCGACGACCUCAUAUGUCAGUCGAUCGGAGUCGGUUGAAAAACGCGGAGUGAUUAAAAGAGCAGGUACUAGGGAUUUGAGAAAAACUGCCGAAAAAAUUGUCGAGGACCCGUUAAGUAUGCUCCAAAAAGACUAAUCACUGCCUAUGUAAAACAUUUCAUGAAACGUGUAAAAUUUCGAUUUUGCACUCACUUUUCUUAUUCGUGAAUUAUUAUUUAUGUAUUGCGUUUCAAAAUUGCAUUCCUCUAAAAGUGAUAAAUUUAUGAAGUUUUUUUUUAUUCUUUACGGCUACACCCGAUCCUCGGAUUAUUCAAUGAAAUUGAACGAUUCCGCUUAGCACACGAUUUUGUACACAGUUACCUAUUGCUUAUCAAGCAAUUCUAGGUGAAGUGAUUAUUCUGAAUCAAUUUUCAUGUAAUAUCAAAAUCAUUAAAUGUCAGAACGAGGCUUGUAAAACUAUAUAUAUAUAUACAUAUAUAUAUAUAUAUCGACUGUAAAUACGUACCGAUCAAACAACCAACACUCAUACCGAAGUUGCGAUCUAUUUUGAAAGCUUUAACAGUCUGUAAGUAUCUCCUGUAAUCAUUUUAUCUCUACCUACAGUUCAAUUUACUUUUCUUUAACCACGUUGUGUAUAUUUGUAAUUUCUCUUUUAUUUAUAAAGAUUGAUUGCGGUUCAUCUUGGGGCUGGCAGUGCUUGAAAAUAUAACAAUUAUAAAUUAUUUGAACGUUUUUAUUGGGUGAGAAAGUAUUUAGAGAUGCCGUAAUAUACCCGGUUGGUUCCAAGUUCUCAACCAAUAAAUACCGCACGAUGUCCAUAGUAUAAAUAUAAUGAUUGUUUUUAAUAUACGUAAUGCCUUAAAGUGCUGUCAAAUAAUGCUCCUAAUAGGUACACUACGUGAGGACGAUAAUAUAGUUAUAGGCAAAGAUACAGAAAUGUAAAUGAAGUAAGAAGAAG